AUGUCCGGGGGGAAGCGGCCGCUCCGGCUCCUGGGUCUCCAUGGUUACCGCCAGAACCAGCGCAGCUUCCACGAGCGGACCGGGGCGCUGCGCAAAGCGCUGCGGGGCCGCGCGGAGCUGGUGAGCGUGAGCGCGCCCCACCCGGUCCCGGGGCCCGCGCCCGAGCACGGUAACCCGGCCCCGGAGCCGGAGGACGCCGCGCCCCGCGGCUGGUGGUUCUCCAGGUCGCGGGAGGAGACGUUCGACGCCCUGGAGGAAGCCGCCGCGUGCAAGGGGCUGGACGAGUCCCUGGACACGGUGGCGCGGGCGCUCGCGGAGCAGGGGCCCUUCGACGGGCUGCUGGGCUUCAGCCAGGGCGCGGCGCUGGCGGCCAUGGUCUGCGCCCUGAAGCAGCGCGGGGACGCGCGGUUCCCCUUUGAGUUCGCUAUCGUGGUUGCCGGCUUCAGGAGCCGGGCUGCCCCGCACAGCGGCUACUACCGGGAGCCCAUUGCCGUGCCCACGCUCCAUGUGCUGGGGGACACGGACCGGGUCAUCCCGCCGGGACUGAGCAGGGAGCUGGCGUCCCACUUCGUCGAUCCAGCAGUCCUCACCCAUCCCGGGGGACACUUCGUCCCUGCCGCUGCUCCCCAGAAGAGAGCCUAUCUGGAGUUUUUGGGCAAGUUUUUGAAAUAAAAGAGGCGGGACCUGCCCUUGGGCAUGGAGGGGAGGAGGCUAAAGGCGCUCCCUUGACUUAGAUGACCCAAGAGAAAGUUGAGGGGAUGUGAUCACUGUCUAGAAGUACCUACACGGGGAGAAGAUUUCUGAUAAGCAGAGGGCUCUUUAAUCUAGCCGAUAAACGAUAAUAAGAUCCAGUAAUUGGAAGCUGAAGCCAGACAAAUUCAGACUAGAAAUAAGGCACAAAUUUUAACACACUAACAACCAUUGGACCAUUUUACCUAGGGUUGUGGCGGAUUCUCUGGCACAUGGACUCUAAAUCAAUACUAAAUUUAAAAAAAUAAAUAUUAGAUGGCUUUAUAAAAGAUACUCUUGAAGCUACGGGUUUGGUGCAGGAAUCACUGGUUGAAAUUAAAUGUUUUGUGUUAUACUGGAGAACAAAUUAAAUGAUUGUACUAUUUCUGGUGUUAAAAAUCUACAACUCUUAUCAUGGGUCUUAUAGCACAGAAGAUGUGAGGCCAGGUGGAGUUUUGUCACAGGAGAUGGAUAUUUGGUGAUAUGAUCUAUA